AUGCACCCCUACAAGGUUAGCUCCGAGAAGCAGAGUGCAGACGAACUAUUAAAAGCAAGUUUGACGCGAUUCGCUUCUGUCCUUAGGCUGUGGCUAAGGGCGUCCGUGGCGGUGGCGUUGGUGACGUUGGCGGCCGCAGCUCCGUCCAACAGCACGACACAGAUAGAGAAACCGGGAUGGCAACCUCGACUACUGGGACAAAAACAACACGUGCAUGGUGCCUUCAUGGAACUAUAUUUCUCCGAGGAUGACACCCUGGAUUACGCAGACCGAUGGAACUUGUACAUCUCGAGCUUUGAUCCUUUCGGCGAAGUGGAUGUAGAGUACCGUAUGAAGUCCCCGGGUCGUUUCCUGGACGACAUCGCCUCGUGGAACAUCCAGGUCAUGGAUGAGACUGCCGUGUGGCCCAACAACCCUGAUUAUCUCCCCAGUUCUGUAGCAGGCGCCGAGGGCAUCAUCUGGACUUCGGGCUUCCUCAUGCCUGGCAAGACUGACGGGCAACUGCAGAUGUACGACACUACGAAAGACCCUGCUGACGGACCCUACAACAUCGCUAGCAAUGAUGAUGGGAAGUGGGCCUACCAUCGGGUGAUUUGGAAAGACAUGGACUUGGACGGCGAUUUAGACGCCCUCACAGCGCGAUUCCACAGACCACUAAUAGGUACCACCCGUCACGACCUUCUGUGGUUUGAGAACGAAGGAACGGGUUUCAGCGAGGGGUGGAAGGAGCACCUGAUAUCCAGCGACGGGCCAGACAUCCACUUCGACAUGGUGACCCUCAACGCCGGCGGGAGAGACUACAACUGUAUCAUCGCUGGCGAGUUCUUUAGCGAGAGGAUUUCUAUCUAUUGGACGGAGAGCGAGGUCGACGAUUGGAGUGACCCGACACUGGUGAAGUCUCGUAUCAUCAAUUCCAACGUCCAGCCUUUUGACGUCUUGGUGGAGGACUUCAACCGCGAUGGAGUCCUGGAAUUCCUGGUCACGGAAUUCAGGAAUGACCUUGGAAUCGGCCAUGUCUCGGUGUACGAAUUCCCGGAAGAUUUCAGGACGGACGACUUCCCUCACUUCAAGAUCGCCGACGGUUUUCUCCCUAACCAAGUGACGGGAGGACAGACCAUGUCGCCGGGAACGCCCAAGGUCUACUACCCUAACGCCGCCUACGCUGAAGAUGUGGCUGAAGAUGGGAUGCCACACAAACCAUACAUCCUGUUAUCUGGAGAUGAUGACGGUCGCUUCUACGUGUUGUAUCCUACGUCAGAAGAUCGAAGUAACUGGGUUUACGAGAAGAACGUACUCAUAGAUACUGAGGACAUCAUGGUUGGUAAGAUGGCCCACGGUGACCUGGACGGAGACGGCUACGAGGAGGUCAUCGUGGCUGGGUACGCGGUCAAUCAGCUGUUUGUCUUCACGUACGCUCCUUGAAACGUUUUUGAGACGCAACGUUCCUGUGGCGAUACGUUUUUGAGGCGACGUUUGAAUGUUUGGUGUUUUUUUUAAAUAAUAAUUUGGUUAAUUAAUUAUUUAUUUGUUGAUUCUUAUAUUUAUUCAUUAUUAUUUUUUAAAAAUUAAGCCCAAUGUAUUAUUUAUUUUAUUAAUAAAUAAUUAAUCGCAUGCUUUGGUGUUUCUGAUUAGGUAAAUUACGUAUUGAUUUACCUGUUUAUCUAUUUAUAUAUAAUUAUUAUUUCUUAUCAAGUUCCGAAAAAGGGAUAAACUUACUUUUAUCAGGAUAGGAAUUAAUUGAAAUCCCGAGAGCAGAUUUUUUUUUUUUUUUUAUUCAAUAAAACAGGAAUUAUUUGGAAUCAUCAGAGGAGUAGUUAAUAUAUGAAUAAUUUGGAAUCACUUGAACGGGAAUGAUUGGGAAUCAACAAAAAUCAGGAUAAUUUGGAAUCUAUAGAAUGUAAGUAAUUUGGAAUCACUUGAACAGAAAAAAAAUGGAAUAAAAAAAAUUGGGAUAAUUUGGAAUUGUCAGAUAAGGAAUAAUUUUGAUUCACUUGAACAAAAAUAAAUUGGAAUCGCCAAGUUAGGAAUAACUGAGAAUCGAAAGAAUAGGAAUAAUUCGGAAUCACUUGAACAGGAAUAACAUGAUAUCAACGAAAAUUGGGAUAAUUUGAAAUCGGCAGAACAGAAUCAACGAAAGUAAAGAAAAGAGCGCUGUUAAUGUUAAAAUAUACAAACCUUUUACGAGACUUUGUAAAAUAAUAACAUUUUGACAAAUAAAACUGAAUUAGUA